UUCAUAAAACUAGGGUUUUCUGGUGUGUAUAUCCCUUCCCUGCUUCAAGUCUCCGCCCGUCAUUCCUGAGCUUCCUUCUUGUUGCUUCACUUUUUCUUUUUUUUUAAAUAAAAAUAAAAACCCCAUUAAGGCUUGAACUCUUCUUCAGCCAAAAUGGGUAUUUCUCGUGAUUCAAUGCACAAGAGGCGUGCCACUGGUGGCAAAAAGAAGGCUUGGAGGAAGAAGAGAAAGUAUGAGCUUGGAAGGCAACCUGCUAACACAAAGCUGUCAAGCAACAAGACAGUCAGGAGGAUUAGGGUUCGUGGUGGGAAUGUGAAGUGGCGUGCUUUGAGGCUCGACACCGGAAACUACUCAUGGGGAAGUGAGGCUGUGACUCGUAAGACCAGGAUUUUGGAUGUGGUGUACAAUGCAUCCAACAAUGAGCUGGUUCGCACUCAAACUCUGGUGAAGAGUGCUAUUGUUCAGGUUGAUGCUGCUCCAUUCAAGCAGUGGUAUCUCCAGCACUAUGGCAUUGACAUUGGUCGCAAGAAGAAAUCAGCUGCAGCCAAGAAAGAAGGAGAGGAAGGUGAAACUGCUACUGAGGAGGUGAAGAAAAGCAACCAUAUAUUGAGGAAGCUGGAGAAGCGUCAACAAAAUCGGGCGCUUGACCCACAUAUUGAGGAACAAUUUGGCAGUGGUCGUCUGUUGGCUUGUAUCUCUUCACGGCCUGGUCAAUGUGGCCGUGCAGAUGGUUACAUCUUGGAGGGCAAAGAGCUGGAGUUCUACAUGAAGAAGAUCCAGAGAAAGAAGGGGAAGGGAGCUGCUUAAAAAAUUAUUGCAUGAGUUUUCAGCAUUCAUAUCAGAAUGCCGCCCUUAGGUUUUGCCUUUCACAUUUCCAGAACAUUUAAAGUUGUGUUAGCAUUGAACUUUUAAUCUGGAUCCCUGAGAGUUAUUAUUUUUGUAUUGGAUCUUUGAACUUUAUAAAUGCAGCUUAUUUUGGUUGGUAAA